AUGAUCGGCCUCUGCUUGGUUUUUCUAAAUAAAAACGAAAACAAAUUCAUUCUCGGAAAAAGUUCCCCCCAGGCCGAGGGGGGCCGGUUCCCUCCGAAGCCCCCCGCUCGCGCUCCGGGCCGGCCGAGGCCUCGCUGGCGCAGGCGGCUUCCCCGGCCUCGCCCCGCCCCGGCCCGGCCCUCUUUCUCCCGCGCUCCGCCGGGGCCAAGGAAGGCGCCUCCGCCGCCGGCCCGCCUCUCCUCCUCGGCGGGAGGAGCCGCAAGAUGGCGGCGCCCCGGAGGGCAGCGUGACUUCGGCCAGGACGCCUCUCUCGGCCCUCAGGGGAGCAGCGUCUCUCCGCCCCAGGUUUGUGCCUCCCUUCUGGUUUUAGAAGAGACUGUUUUAAAAUUGGACGUGUAGUAUUUAUAUUUAAUUAGUACACCGCCCUUGGUGUCGCGCGGCGCUUCACAGUAUAUUUGUAAACUCGGAUGUGCUUCCAUUCUGCUGGGCGAGCUUUGCUGGGCCGCCACUUGGAACUAAAUGCCGUUAAUCUCUCACACACGACUCAUAUACAUACAUACUUACCCGGGAGCAAGCCCCAUCUUCACUUACUUCUGAGUAAACCUGCAUAGAGUUCUUCAUAAACUAAAAAUGCCAUUCAGUGUGUGUGUAUGUGUAUCUGAAGAAGUGUGCAUGCACAGGAAAGCUUAUACCAAGAACAAACUUAGUUGGUCUCUAAGGUGCUGCUGGACAUAUAUAUAUAUAUAUAUAUAUAUAUAUAUAUAUAUAUAUAUAUAUAUAAAACACACACACAGAGCGAGAGAGCACACUCGCAUGCACAGACUUACCUGUAUAGGAUUCUGCCUAAACUAAAAAAACGCCCUUCUGUGUAUAUAUGUCAUUCCCAGUUGUAUAUGUUGAAGGGCAUUUUUAGUCUAGGCAGAAUCCUAUACAGGUUUACUCAGAAGUAACUGAGGAUGGGGCUUGCUCCCAGGUAAGCAGAAAUUGCCUUCCAGCCUCAGAUUGCAAAACUAAACAUGCUUACUAGGGAGUAAGCCCUAUAAGAUUGGUAGGAUUAAGUUUGAGUAAAUCCUGUAAAGGAGCACACUGCAAGAAGUCCACAGUUGUGAGGCGUGAGUUUAAUGGAUAAGUCAGGGUAGCAAUUAGCACUGUGCAGUAGGUGUGGCCCACCCCAGGUGUCAUCCCUGGGUGGGGGUGGGGGCGGGUUUGACAUCGCUGUGCUGUCCCCCUGGGACCCCUCCCGGAUGCUUGACCUCCCCCCCUCCACGGCCAGCCCCGCCCCUGGGUACACAGAGUGCUGGAGCAGCUAGCUCUGCCUAUGGAAAUUAGGCUUCCUUGGUUUCAAGAGACAAUGGGGUGUGCCUCUGGGGGUGAAGCCAAACCACUGGAGAGUCACAGCUUGUAACUGCUGCCUCCCAUGUUAUUUUUGCUGCCAAAGUGACCUCCUCAGAGUGCAGGCCUGAGCAGUGGGUAUGGAGCUGCUCAGAUGACAAAACCCCUUUUCUUGGCCUCGCUGAUGUGGUCCAAAUGAAAGCGGAGCAAUAUGUUUGGCACCAGCUUCUCUGCAGGAGUUUCCAGAAGGAGAAUACAAAGCACCAUCCAACUGUCUUAGGGACUCCACUCCAAAUUCGUACAGGGUUUAUUUCUUUGCCUUUUCUUCUCCCAGAGAUCUUCUGCAAGGCAGCAGUGGUUUAGGAUCAGAGUUUUGCUUCUCCCCAGUUGGCUACCUUCCCAGGUGGACAAGCCCCAUCUGUCCCUCACUUCCUUCUACAGCACACACAGAAACCGCCUUCUUGACCAUUGGAUCCACUAUUGGUCUUGCCCACUCAAUCUGCUGGAGCCAGUCUUUGCAUGCUUCCUGUGGCGAUCACACAGGGUCCCCGGACGGUUCACCAUCUGUUGAUCCCUGUGCCACUAUUUUAUUUCCUGCUGCCAGCACCCAGGCCCUAGCAGGUAAAAUACUGAGUCCAGUCAGGGUUAAAUUGGAAUAUAAACUUCUAUUUAUUGCAGUUUAACAAGUGUGUGGUUUCAUAAACGGUAUCAGUCAAUUACAAUCAUGGGUUGCCUAUCCAGACCUAUAACUUCCGCUACCUGCUCUCACUCACUAAACCACCUCUCAGAUAUUUACUUCUCUUCCUAGCUCCUAACUGUUCCUGACUCAGCUUAUUUCGCUACACUGACUCAACCUCCCCACAGACUCUAUCCCAAUUCACUCCCACUCCAACCAACCACCCAACUCCCUACAAACUCUUCCCUUCACCCCUCCUGGAGCUGGUUUUAUAGUCCCUCUGACUCCACCCCCCUGGGUUCUGAUUGAGUAACCUGUUUAACUAUUUCACCUCCAGCACUCUCAUAUGUUAACGUCACACUUCCAUCCUUAACUCACUGAGAGUUUGAGACCCAUCAGGAACCCUCACUUGGUUUAGCCAGCCAGUCAAAGCCAUUCCUGAGUGUGACUGGUGUCGCGUGCUGACAACUUCUAGGAGCCUCAGUUGGGCUUCUGAGUAGCCCUGCAUAGUAUUCUUAUCGGAGCUGACCAUGGCGAAACACAAAGCAAGGUGGUCUUUAUUUCAGAUUAGUUAAUCCAGUAUGGUUUUCUCUGUCUCACAACACAACAUGUGGCCCCUAACAGAUUACCCCUGAGGGCAUGUGGCCCUCAGCAGAAAAAAGCCCCACCCCUGUUUUCAUGGAUUAUGAGGCUGGUAGGUGGAGGCACUAUACAUAUACAUGUAUUAGGCCCUCUCUCAUUUCUCUCCAAUUUAUUCCAUACAGUGAGAACCCACUGAACAAGGGAUUGCUGGUGGGGUUGCCUUGUUGUUGAUUCCUUCCCAACAAUGAGCUUGGCUUCCUUUCCCCCCACCCCAAUUGCAACAUGCUGAUUUGCUCUCUACAAGCCGUCUCCUAAAAUUGCAAUAUUGGAUUCUUGGGUUAGGCACAGUCAUUUGUGCGUAUCUGCUUUUAAGAGGAGCUAUGCUAAAGGCUGUUGAAGUUCUCAGUUUAUUUGCCAAAGCCAGAAGUGUUCAAAAGAGGUUCUGGUACAAGCACUUUCUAGAGUAUUUGGCCCACUAGUUCUCUAAAAUGUCAAAUUCCAGUCACUACAGAGGCCAUCAAUCCUUGGUUAGUGAAAGCAAUGUUGUGCAUUAUCAAAUUCUUUUAUGCAAGAUGUUUCUAUUACAACAAUUAAUAUUUGAAAGCCACGCAUAAAUAUGCAUAGAGAGCAAAAAAAUAGACAGAUAAAACUAUAAAAUAAAUAGUAUAUAUGUAUGUGUAUUAGAUUGGGGGGGGGAAGGGAUCUGUAAAUUUUGUAGCGGUAGAGAAGGCAUGGAAUAGACUAAAACAGACUUGAAUUUUCCUCUCUUGUACAGUACUCCCUUUUUCCAUACUUCAUUGCAACCAAACAGAAUGUUUACAUUUCCUCUGUGGUUAUGGAAAAUACAUUUCCCUUCAUCUGCAAUAGGCCCAUGGCAGUGAGGUGGGGAAGGGCAGAGAAGAACGCUGCCACUGUGCCACACUAGGCAGAUCUCAGACCAAAUUCCUGUAGAUGCAGGUGUGUUGAUUUCAGCAGUGUCCAGCUUACAGUUUGCUUGUUCACUCAGUUUUACACACAAGUGAAGGAUGAUGAGCUGAAACUGUAGGUCCCCCUUGUACCACUUGCAGCUUAGAAGUGGAGAGCUUGAGAUCAGGCUUGCCAGGUACAAAAUAUAAAGGACGGAUAGGCCUUAGAAGCCAGUGGCUGCCAUAAGGGAUUUCCAAUAUGUUCUGUGGACUGUGGCCAGUGUGGGCUUGAUUUAAAUCACUGGUCAGUAAGACUUGAUUUAAAUCAUUUUUUUACAGCAAGACUCAUUCUUGCUGGUAUAAUCUUAAUAUUUGCAACCAGAUGAAGGUUUCAUUUUUGGAAUAAUAAAUUUUCAGAGUAGUUUUUACAGUUAUAUCAAAAAUGGCUGAUUUGGUUAUACUAUUAGAAAUACAUAGACAGAUAAUUAUGAAAUUAUUGUGAGGUUUAAUAAGUUAACUGUUUAUAUUUGGACAACUUUUCUGCUGUACUUUAUUGGAAGGAGAAAAAUAAUCAUUUCCUUAAUAACAGUUUAAACAAUUUAUUUAACUAAAACAAUAACAUUAUAGCAUAUGUAUCCAUGUUUGUUAACUGAUGUGAUUAAACGGUUUUUAAAAAAGCAACGUAGACUGAGUUUUAGAAAACACAUGAAAACACAUUAAUUUUUAUCCACCCUGCUAUUUAUAUAAUUUUGGCUUUUGUGUUUGUGGUGGCCUUUAUCUGGGUGUGCAGAGUGCUAGAGCGCAGACUUCACACACAUAAUGUAUCAGGUUCAAUAACCUGUCGUCACAGAUAGGAGGGCUAGCAAAGACUUGAAGAGCCCUUGUUAUUCCGAAUAAAGGCUUGGUAGACUAAUGAUGUGAUGCUAUAAAGCAGUGUGAAAUGUUCGUUUUCCUGCAUUUGCACUCUUGGGUGCUGAAUGAAAUAGAUCAUUACCCCUUGAAGGUUAUGUGAAAGUCAGUCAAGAUCCAUAUGUGGAAAUCUUUUUCCACACAAGGAUCACCUUUGCUUGACUGGGAGAAAUAUAUGCUGUGUGUUAUUUGUGGGGCUUCCUCUGAAGACGGUUCAGAAACUUGAGCUGGUGCAGAAUUCGGUGGCCAGGUUGGUCAGUGGGGCAAGAUGGUUUAAGCAUAUAUCACCGAUCCUGGCCCUACUGCUCUGGCUGCUGGUCAGUUUCCAGACUCAAUUCAAAGUUCUGGUUUUGACCUAUAAAACCUGAAAUGGCUCAAGACUGCAAUACCUCCACAUGAACCGAUCAGGACCCUGUACUUGGGCAUAGUCAUGAUUUACGUUGGGGGCAGGCAGGACACCCACCUGUCAUCAUCCUCUGUCUGGCUCUGACUAGCAGAUUCGGAAUGAAAUGUUUCAACCACAGUUGUUUUAAAUUACAGUCAUACCUCUUGUUACGUUUGGUUCAGGUUACGUCUUUUCAGGUUGCGUCCCGCGGCGACCCGGAAGUACCGGAAAGGGUUACUUCCAGGUUUCACCGCUCACGCAUGCGCAGACGCUCAAAAUGACGGCAUACGCAGAAGCAGCGACCCGCGCACGCGCAUACGCGGGUUGCAUUCUGCUCAUGUUGCGAACGGGGCUCCGGAAUGGAUCCCAUUCGCAACCAGAGGUACCACUGUACUUUCUUUUGAGCCCAAGUAUUCAGAAGAAAAAAUCCAGUAGUGAUGUAUGGAAGUGAGAGCUGGACCAUAAAGAAGGCUGAUCGCCGAAGAAUUGAUGCUUUUGAACUAUGGUGCUGGAGGAGACUCUUGAGAGUCCCAUGGACUGCAAGAAGAUCAAACCGAUCCAUUCUUAAGGAAAUCAGCCCUGAGUGCUCACUGGAAGGACAGAUCGUGAAGCUGAGGCUCCAAUACUUUGGCCACCUCAUGAGAAGAGAAGACACCCUGGAAAAGACCCUGAUGUUGGGAAAGAUGGAGGGCACAAGGAAAAGGGGAUGACAGAGGAUGAGAUGGUUGGAUGGUGUUCUUGAAGCUACCAGCAUGAGUUUGAUCAAACUGCAGGAGGCAGUGGAGGACAGAAGUGCCUGGUGUGCUCUGGUUCAUGGGGUCACGAAGAGUCGGACACGACUAAACGACUAAACAGCAACAAAAUUCAGAAAAAUCUGUCAGAAUCUUCAGUCAUUUGAGAAUUAGGAAGUUAAAUAAAAAAAUAACAUCAGGAAGUACAUUUCAUGCAAUUAACGGGUAUAUUUUGCAAAAUUACAAAGAACGUGCCCUUUUCAUAUUUUUAAAAAAUCAAAACUAAAGCAAGUUUUCUUGGACUUGCUGAAAAUCUUUUCAGCACUUCCUUCUCAAAUCCCUCCUUUUUCCCCAAUGCAGUUUUUCUGUGCACUCUCAGUAAGCAAAGCCCAUUGAGAUGCUCCCCUGUCAUUGUCAACCUUAACCAGGUCUUUACUCUCCACAAGGUGCUGAAUGCUAUGGUACAAGUGGUGCCUGGCUGAGCAAGAGAGAUGAGUAGAGCUUUUAUUGUGGCCUGGUAAAAGAUUUGCGCCUCUUUUACUAGGUCUGCUACGUUCAGCUCUUUUAACUGCUCUUUGCUGAGUUUCUUCUCCUUCCACAUGGUAUACCAUAGUUCAGCUUCAGAGUCUUGCAACUUAUAAAAACUUGAGAACUGCUUGUCUUUCAUCUUGAAGUCUUGAAUGUUCUUCUCCAGGCUUCCUCAACCUCGGCCCUCCAGAUGUUUUUGGCCUACAACUCCCAUGAUCCCUAGCUAGCAGGACCAGUGGUCAGGGAUGAUGGGAACUGUAUUCUCAAAACAUCUGGAGGGCUGAGUCUGAGGAAGCCUGGUCUUCUCCAACAUAAGGGGGUGUAGAGCCAAAAGCCACGCUCAGUCGGGUUGCCAGUUGCAUCACUAGAAUGCCCAACAGCAUCAUCCAAGUGACGUCAGCGAGCAUUUCAGUUUCAAAUAUUCUUAUUGUUUCUACUUCAGUUAAGUAUUCUUAUUUAUUUACUUGAUUUAGGGGGCCAGCUGCCCCCCCCACCUGUGCCCAUGACCCUGUGAUCACCAUCUAUGGCCCUUCUUUGUGUGCCACUUCCACAAGAGGUCUGGAGGUUGGAAACAUGAGAAUGUACCUUUUCUGGGGUGACACACUGUUUGAGGAUUCCUCUUCCCUCUCUAGGCUCGUCUGGUCCUUUCAUUACAUAUCUUUAGGCGCCAGGCAAAAAUGUUUUUCUAUAACCAGGUUAUAGAUUGAACAUUUUAUGGCCUUUUAAAUGUAUUUCUGGGAGGGGGAUUAUUGGUUUGUUUCUGUUUUAUAAUAUAUUUUGUGUUCUCAUUUUGUCUUUAUGUUGUGAACCACCCUGUGAUCUUUUGGAUGAAGGGCAGUAUACAAAUUUAAUAACUACUAUUAAUAAUCUUCAGAAAGUUGUAUAAUAGCACUGUCAACAGAUAAAUCAACUUUUUUUUUACAUUAUUUGUCUAUUGAGUAAUUAAACAGAUUUUCAGCAUUACUUUGUUGGUUUCUUUCACACCUACUAAUUUUAUCCUCACAAUAAAAGUUGUACCCUAGCAAUGAAGCAUCCAAAGUUUUAGUCUAUCCAUCUACUGAUUAGCUGUUAGUCCUGUAAAACACCCUGAAGGAACCAGUGGGAUUUAAGCAUCCACUUUUUCUGGAUUGCAACCCUUUUAGGAGGGCAUGCUUUCUGAAUAAGUAGUUUCUAGUACUAAAAACUGGUGCAAAUGGUUUCAUUUUUCAUCCCAAAGAUAAUACUGGAGAGAAAGAGAGUUAAAAUAAUCUAUGUGUGUAUAAUUCUAUAAUUGUUCCAAUUUUGGUUUGUGAUUAACCAGCAGGGGUAGGUUGCUGUAGUUGACAAGGGGAGCUUUAUUUCUGAAAAAUCUUGUAGCAACAACCUGCGGGGCUUAUAGUUCGUAAAGUGGGUGAAGCAUUGAAAAGGACUGUGUUCUGAUUUGUAGCUUUAAAAGAGAGGGAGCGAGAGUAGAGUAUAGUCGUUUUAUUAUAGUCAGUGACUAGUAACAAGAUAAAAACACCAGUUACAAAAUUUAAAAGCUCAGAACAAAAUAAAUUAGUAUAAAAUCACAUACACAUUCAAAAAGCAGUUCUAGCUGGUCGUUCAUCUGUCAGAAGGGGAUCCUUCUGGCCAAAGGAUGACCAGGGAGCGGGAGAAAGCAGUUCACCUAGUAAAUGAGUUAUAGCCCUUGGGACUCUCAAAGUGGUGAUUUAAUGGUUGUUUUUGGAACAGUAGCCUCCUCUGAUGAAAAGGCCACGUGGAAUAAUCAUAAACAUGAGGCAACUUCCUACUAGCAAUGUACAGAUGUGCCAUUGCAAGAAGAAACAAAACCUAUAUUGUUUUGAGCUACAAAUGUAAAAUGUGCACUGCUAGCUGAUGAAAAUGCCACUUUCCAUUGGGAGACUUUGAAAGCACUUAAAGGACAUUUCAAAAUAGUUUCAUUUCUAAGGAGGUUGAACACCCUUAUUCCCAAGCUCAAAAUACAUAGAAUCAUAGAAUCAUAGAGUUGGAAGAGACCACAAGGGCCAUCGAGUCCAACCCCCUGCCAAGCAGGAAACACCAUCAGAGCACUCCUGACAUAUGGUUGUCAAGCCUCUGCUUAAAGACCUCCAAAGAAGGAGACUCCACCACACUCCUUGGCAGCAAAUUCCACUGUCCAACAGCUCUUACUGUCAGGAAGUUCUUCCUAAUGUUUAGGUGGAAUCUUCUUUCUUGUAGUUUGGAUCCAUUGCUCCGUGUCCGCUUCUCUGGAGCAGCAGAAAACAACCUUUCUCCCUCCUCUAUGUGACAUCCUUUUAUAUAUUUGAACAUGGCUAUCAUAUCACCCCUUAACCUCCUCUUCUCCAGGCUAAACAUGCCCAGCUUCCUUAGCCGUUCCUCAUAAGGCAUUGUUUCCAGGCCUUUGACCAUUUUGGUUGCCCUCCUCUGGACACGUUCCAGUUUGUCAGUGUCCUUCUUGAACUGUGGUGCCCAGAACUGGACACAGCAUUCCAGGUGAGGUCUGACCAGAGCAGAAUACAAUACAAUGGCACUAUUACUUCCCUUGAUCUAGAUGCUAUACUCCUAUUGAUGCAGCCCAGAAUUGCAUUGGCUUUUUGAGCUGCCGCGUCACACUGUUGGCUCAUGUCAAGUUUGUGGUCAACCAAGACUCCUAGAUCCUUUUCACAUGUACUGCUCUCAAGCCAGGUGUCACCCAUCUUGUAUACCUUCAGGUUUCUGCAACUGGCAUUGCUGAAAGAUGGAGAUAGAUUUUUUGAACCAUUUUCGAUCAGGAAGUGUUAGAAAUUCCCCAGGCGUGUUUUGCAGCCCCAUGGAGAUCUCUGGAUGCCAGGCUGGCGACGGGACAUCUCCCUCUGGCCUGCCCCUCCAGGUGUCUUAAGCAGGGAAGCAAAAGAGCUUAUUUAUUGCAUUUAUAUCCCACCUUUUCCUCCAAGGAGUACAUGGUUCACCCCCGCCCUUCUCAUUUAAUCCCUACAAUGACCCUCUGAGGUAGGUUAAGAGACUGUGACUGGCUCAAAGUCACCCAGUGAGCUUUACGACUGAGUGGGGAUCUGAACCCUGAACACCUGGGUCCUAGUCCAACACUCCAACCACAGUACCACACUGGCUUCCUAGAGUUCUUCUGUUGUUGUUGUUUAGUCGUUUAGUCGUGUCCGACUCUUCGUGACUCCCUGGACCAGAGCACACCAGGCACUUCUGUCUUCCACUGCCUCCCGCAGUUUGGUCAAACUCAUGCUGGUAGCUUUGAGAACACUAUCCAACCAUCUCGUCCUCUGUCGUCCCCUUCUCCUUGUGCCCUCCAUCUUUCCCAGCAUCAGGGUCUUUUCCAGGGAGUCUUCUCUUCUCAUGAGGUGGCCAAAGUAUUGGAGCCUCAGCUUCACGAUCUGUCCUUCCAGUGAGCACUCAGGGCUGAUUUCCUUAAGAAUGGAUCGGUUUGAUCUUCUUGCAGUCCAUGGGACUCUCAAGAGUCUCCUCCAGCACCAUAAUUGAAAAUCAUCAAUUCUUCGGCGAUCAGCCUUCUUUAUGGUCCAGCUCUCACUUCCAUACAUCACUACAUCACUACUGGGAAAACCAUAGCUUUUACUAUACGGACCUUCGUUGGCAAGGUGAUGUCUCUACUUUUUAAGAUGCUGUCUAGGCUUCUAGUUCUUCUGUUAUAGGGCAGCUAUGUAAGUAGGUAAAUAAAUAUGGGAAAAACAAAAUGUCACUUAGAGAAGAAUCUGAAAUAUUUUCCUUGAUGCUUUACUUUGUUUUAUUUGAUGUUUUCAUGUGUUGUAAACUGCUUUGAGAUAUUUUUUUUAAAAAAGCAGUAUAGAAAUAUAAUCAAUCAAUCCCCCUGCAAAAAAGGUGCCUAGGCAUUCCGUUGGGGUGACUGUGACCUAGGUUUAACGUGCCAUUUGGCGAUUAGCUUCUGUAUCUGAGUUUCUAACACUGUGACCCAGUACUACAUCCCAGCCCAGCAGCUUAAGACCAGCGUUUCAGUGUAUUGUUUAUGCAGUUUGAAUUGCCAAGUAUUUUUUUUUAAAUUUCAUUCUCCAGUAAUUAUGAAAGCUGGUUAAAAGUAGUUCAAUAGCCAAAAUAUCCUAAGCCAACAUCCUUUUUUUUCUUUUGGCAUUUCUUGGAUUAUUAUAUCAGCAAUUGCUUACAGAGGACUGUGCAGAAGGAAGCAAGGACUCAGACCAUCCUGUGCUCUGGAAUCUAAUCUAGUACUAAUUUUUCAAUUAAAGCAAACUGUGUGUCAAUGCACUUUUGUCCUGUGGCUCCAUAGAGCUGAUGUGAGGGAUCAGAGGGCAUAUAGUAUUAUGGUUGUGAUGCAGUGGCGUGGUGGGGGGCACUGGGUGCCACACCACAGGGGGCGGCACUUACUGCUGGGCCAGGCGUUUCUCCUGGAAGUGACGCAGUGGCUCAGGCGCCUGCAGGCUCCAUGCUUCCUGAAAUGACAGUGUGGGGCUUGCGUCUGCCCACUGCCUCCCCCUCAGCAGUAGGGCAGCCGAGCCUGGGGGAGGAGUUGGGCGGAUUGCCUGCAGGCUCUGUGCUGCUGGAAACAGCGUGGGGCUUGCAUCCACCCGCCGUCUCCCCCAGGCUCGGCCGCCCUAUAGCUGAGGGGGAGGCUGCAGGGAGACUCCGUGCAGCUUGCCCCUUGCCCCCGAGCUCAGGGCACUUGCGCCACCCUGGGUGCCUGAGCGGUUAGCUAGCCGCUGUUGCUAUGGGUCUGCAUGCUUCAAUAGUGCAGCUGGAUUUCUUGUGAGCUUUUGCAGAUCCAAUUGUAGUGUAUUCCCUGGAGACAAUUCCUUGUCCUCACUUCUGUCUUUGUUGUGGAAAUGCCAUGCUUUGUAGCCCCCCCCCCUUUUUAAAGGUUUUCUUUGGGUGUGUGUGAGAGAAAGCGGCUGGAUUUAUGUAUGGCACUCCCACUUUGCCAGAGGCUGUAGUCUACCCGUGAAUAUUCAUUAAAAGGAACAUGGGCAGCUUUUAAAUAGCACUUUAAUCCAUAGGCACGAAAGGGCAAACAUGCUUGUGGGAAUACUAAUGCAGCCAUACUCAUUGAACUGCACUGAACAUCUGCCUGUGGACCAAAGGGACUUACGAAUACAAUCUGUUGUACGCAGGAGAAAGAUUGGGGGGGCGGGGUAGGGAGGGUCACUGGAUAGCUUUCCUCACCUGAUAGCCUAGAUGGUGUGUUGCUGGUUUGGCUUUUAAAUGAUUGAUGGGGGAGAUAGCUGAUAAUACUGAUACAAGAGUACGGCAUUAACUUUUAAUUCCUGUUAUUAGGGGCUUGGAAUUCUGGCUGUGACAUCUUUAAACAUUGUGGGCUUCAAGUUUUUUUUUUUGUUUAGUCCCAAUUAUUGAAUCCCAUAAUGCAUGUUAGUUAAUCAUUUUGCAAUCCAGCAGUUACAGUAUUCAUCCUUUCAUUUCUUGGAAUUAUAUUGGUGCAGGGACACUCUGAACCAUUACAGUACCCUGGUGGACAAGCUUCCUGGGAUGUGCCUUUGAAGUCAUUGCUUAAAGUGCUAUGCAAGCAAAGUGCUGUGUGGUGUCAUAUUUAACAGUGAUCAGAGUUUAAAAUGGGUAAAUGGUUGAAAGGAGAGAUGAGCCAAGCCGCAGUCAAAAGGCUUUUUCACCUUGCUCCCUGCUUCCCUUUGAGUGUGAACAGCAACAGAUGCUUUGGCAGAGUCCUCUUUUUCUGCACCUGAGCUGCUCAGUCCCCUUUGUUUCUUUGCUUGAUGCUUGAAAUUGAGUAGCUGAAGCACAUGAGCGACAACCUCUGGCAAAAUUAGUCUUGGUCCUCAUACGUGCUGGGGAGUAGGGUGACCGGUGGCUAAUUGCCUUGGACUGCAGAAUGUGCUCAAGUGCAGAGUGGAGGUGAGAUGGGACCAGAGGCUGCACUGGGGGGCACAUAGGAAGCGCCUGGAGGCCAAUCUAACCAUCCAACCAGCCUAACAUGUAUCCACCCUCUCCAUAUAGUAACCUGUUGUGUACCACAUGCAAAUAGCACAAACAUGGAUGACUUAACUGACAUCAAACCAGCUUUGGAGAACUGUGUGGUGGUGGCAGCCCUGGCUUACUGUCCCAGAUGUCCUUAUUUGCUCCUUAACUUGAUUUGGGGGCUGGGGGAGACUGAAGGUGGGUACUUGGUGGGGGGAGCUUUCUCUUCUCUCUUUCUCUCUCUCACACACCAUCAAGACUAAGACAAUCAGAAUGUGGGUAGACAACCUGUGCUUGGAUGUGGGUGAGAGAGACUAUUCCUUUUCUAAGCAUGCGUUAACCUGCUGAGAUUGCAAACAGUGUGAUGCAAACAUGUUUGUAAAUAAAAUGGAUAAUAAAAUGCAGGCUGCUCCUGGACUGGAUGCGCAGAAUCCAGUAGUGGUUUGUCAGUUCGCCAUAGAGUAGUUUAUUAAAAUGUUAUGUAGGCAGGUUUCUGUUUCUAGGUUUGAAAAUGUGAUGUUAUUGUAAUAGUGCAUCUGUUCAGCCUAGUUAGUUAUCCAAGAAAUCCAUGCAUGCAACCUCAGUGGGUUUUUUGGGUGGGGGGUGAUGUAGGUCAUCAUGAGACAUAAUGGAUUGGGCUGGGGAAUUAGUUUGUGAAUGCAACAUGCAAAAAAAAUCCUACAGCUUGAGUUUGUCAUAUUAAUUUAACACGAUUGUUUACUCUGAAACAAAGUGUAAGCCUCUGGUUACUGGAGUUGGAAAUUUGCCUUAGUCUAUGCUUGGCUAUACAGUGCAGUCUUUACAACAAAGCGCUUUAUAUCAUUUUUAUAAUAUAUAUUAUCAUUAUCAUAAACUAUUACUUAGUUUAAGCAAAUGGCUAAUGUUCAUGAUACAGAGCUGUUGGUAAUCAUAAAAUUAUGAGGAAGGGGCUCAUAUCCAGAUUCAAAGUAUUUUUGCUGGUGUUCUCUCAACCUUAGACAAAGUACACUUGCACAGCUUCCCUGCGGUGUCAGUACAGCAGUCAGUUUGGUUCAUCUGAAGUACUCAGUAAAUAGGAAAUCUUCAAGCUGGUCCAUACAUGCUUGCUGGCUUAUUUAUUUAUUUAUGUAGCCUAAGCAAGCUGUCCAUAUCCCCCCCCCCCCCACGGGGUGUUUGUGACUGGUCAAUAGUUGUUCCAGUCUAACCCUGAGGUCCUUGGAGUGAGGUUGGGAAGCAUGUGUGAAGAAACAGACCCUAAAUCAAAAUGUGGGGUUUGUAAGGAACGUCCACCUCACAUUUGUCCAGCAGGUGGCACUAUUGUAGCUCCAAACCGUCAGUCUCUGGUUAUAUUAAACGUACUGUGUUUUGUGUUAUGAUUAUUCACUUGGUCUUAAAAGCUAACACGUUGAGCUGAAAUGUUUGGGUUCUUUCUUCAGUUGCAGAUUGUGGUGAUGAACAAAUAAAAAAUGCAAGAUACUUUUGACUUCUCAAAGGUGUUUUAAUUCGCUUAUCAGGGAGCAUCUUAUUAAAAGCAAUUCAUGUCAAUUCAUUACUGUUUAGUCUUCCUGAUUUUAUCAGAUAAUAGUUGAAAAGCAUGUUUUCCUUCUUUAUCACGGUGCCACAUUGCAGUUGUCUAAUGUCAAAGGGAUUAGGAGUUCUUAUAUUUUUCCUUCUAGGAGACGCUACCUUCCAUUUAAUUGUAUUUUAUUGUGUGCAAAGUUAGUUAAAUAAACCUUUUUGUUUGCUAGUUUUUAAGUAAAACUUCUGAUGCAUAACUAAAUGAACUAUUGCAUUUAUUUCUUGCCCCAUAACUCUGCUCUCUUGGUGAUAUACAGGAAAUGUUGAAGUUUUAAAAGGCUAAAAUACCAGAACAAAAUCCAUAACCAGCACAGGGAAUAAAAUACAAUAGCAACCAUUGUCAGUUAUCAGAAGGCGAAGCUAUCUCAAAUAAAAUGGAGACAAACAAAUUAAUAACAGCAUUCAGUGGUGCUAAUGUUUAAAAAAAGCCUGGGAGAACAGUACUUUCUCAACCUGGCACUGCUGAAAAGCAAGAGGCAAGCACCUACGAGGGAGGGAGAGUUCCACAAAAUUGCUAAGUGUCUGAAAAGUGCCUCUUUCCUUGCGCUCUUUUGGAGCCAUUCAUCUUGCUUUCAGUUCUUGGUGAGUUAACUUUGAGCGUGGGGUUAAUCUAAGUGCACCUUUGACUAAUGUGUAGCUCUUGGUUCCCCUCUUCUUUCAUUUUGAGAUUAGGGGUUGCAUAAACAAUUGCAGUGCCCCAAGAAUGGAAGGAGGGAGCAAGCAAACGUAAACACUACCAACUGACUGUAUAUUUGCAUUCACUAUAUUUGCAGCAGCUUAAAAACUCACACUGCCAAUUUGAAAAGGUGAGGGGAAACACUUUUUAACCCUAUGGAUUGUGUUCAGGGGGAAUUAAUCUGCAUCAAAUAGGUGCUCUUUGUUAUCCUGAUAAUGUAAAGCAAAGUUUUGUACAGCGUGACAACUCUCUCAGUUGUACAGGUACAGCCGUGUUAUUUAUUGCCAUUAUGUCUAGAGUGGGGCUGGGGAGUGUGUGGCUCCUCAGGUUGCGUUGAAUUCACACUCCAUCAGCCCAGCCAACACGGUCCAUGAUCAGCAAUGGUGGGAGUUGUAUUCAAUGCAGCUGGUGAGCCGCAGAUCCCCAAUCUCUUAACUAGUGAAGACCUGUAUCGUUUGCACCCACCCAUUUCAUAACUUAACCAAGCUAUAUAAAAGAAGAAUCGGCGCUCUGCCCCCCAGGUGCAUGUCGUGCUUGGAAAAUGUGAUAUUGCUUCCAGUGGGGGUACACAGAUACCAGGCCCCAAGCCAGCAGGGGCCCCAGAUGCUCCUCUUUCUUUCUUUCUCUUUGUCAUUUGGACAUUUCCGAAGAAAGAGCACAGAGCUAGCUAAGCCUUUAGCACUCAGCAGGUGUAAGGUCACUUAAUCACUGUUGCUCAGGAGCAAAGGUUGCCUGCUGCACCUGAGACUGGGGGGGGGGGGGCCUCCCAGAGCAGCAGAAAACAGGAUAUGUCCCUCAUGGCUGCUGUUAGCCUGGCUGGACAGAGGAAGAUACUGGGGUAUGUGCUUUUCUCUGUGUCCACAUUAUUUCAUCCAGGCAUGCCAAAUUAAUAGCAAUAACAACAGCCCUGUGAGGUAGGCGAGGCUAAGUUAACAUAUGUACCUAAGCAGCCAUUCCUGCCACUAGAUUGCAGGGGGCCGGGAGGAUGGAGGGGUUUAGAAAAUCCUGUUAGCACCCUUGGCUACCCUCAAAGCAGAAUCUUAAUUGAAGAUAGAGGUGGAAUGCCCAGAGCAAAUGAUGAUUAUUUGUAUUAUCUUUAUUUAUUAAAUUUAUAUACCGUCCUUCAUCCAAGAACCACAGGGUGGUUUACAGCAUAAAACCACAAGAAUACAUAGGAUAAAGUUACACAUGUGUUGCACUAGAGAGACUAAUAAUUUCUGGAAAGUUAUUUAUUUUUCUUGAAUGAAAUAAUAUUCACUUUUUAUUGGAUAUCAUCAUCUGGCUGCUUUUCAAAAUCAUUAUUCAUUAAGUUUGAAAUAACAGUAACAGUUGUCAAAAUAAAGGAAAACAAAACGUAUAGCUUUGCUAUCUGGCCUGAUCUGCAGAAUUACACAUACAGUGGUGCCUUGCAAGACGAAAUUAAUCCGUUCCGCGAGUCUCUUCGUCUUGCGGUUUUUUCGUCUUGCGAAGCAUGGCUAUUAGCGGCUUAGCGGCUUUAAGAAAAAGGAAACAAACUCGCAAGAACUCGCAAGACGUUUCGUCUUGCGAAGCAAGCCCAUAGGGAAAUUCGUCUUGUGGAACGACUCAAAAAACGGAAAACUCUUUCGUCUAGCGAGUUUUUCGUCUUGCGAGGCAUUCGUCUUGCGGGGCACCACUGUAUAUUCUUGAGAAUAAUACAAGUAUGUAUCCAUCUCUGGAAAGACAGGAAAGGAAGUAUUCCGGUACAUAUGCAUUGUAUAAUAAUCAUUGAUCAAUUGUCCAUAAAGCAAAACUGCAAAGAUACCUCUUGUCUAGUAGCAGCUGUGUAAAGGAACUGCUAUUGAGCAAGGAAGGAACUAAGCAAUCCUAGAGAAUUUGGCUAUCAGAAAAGCCGACUACUUGGUGCUUAAAGCUAGAAAAGUCAUUUUGUGCAAACUCCACAAGGCUAGCUCUCCAGAAUCCCAUCCACUCCCUUUAAAUAGCUAUAAUUAAUCCUAUAGCUUUCAUUUUAUGAAUUAAAAUUUUAAUGAGUGCUCUUUGUCCUUAGUGUGUAUUUUGGGUGCAGCCAGGAAAAUGUCUGCAUCUGCAUGUUCUGAAUAGCAGUGGCAUUCCUAUCACCACUCGGAACUGUUUGCAAGUGUCAGGAUGCUGCCUUAGCUCAUCCACACCCGUAAGUCACUUGGCUGGUCUUCAGGCUUGCUACUGCCAUCCCAAACAAUACAGUUGACACAGUGAUGGCAUAACAAAAGCAUAUCCUUUCUGUUCAGGUUCCUGCAUUGGCUGCUUUGCUGGAGAAGUUACUACUGUAUCUAAAUCGGGGUAGUCAACCUUUUAAUACCUACCACCCACUAAUGCAUUUUUCUUGAUGGUCAAAUUUCCUUACCGCCCCCCAGCGCUCGAUGGAAGGAGGAUUCAGCUUGUGUCUUGGAACCCCCUACUGCCCACCUAGAAUCCUGAAACGCCCCCUAGUGGCCGGUAGGGACCAGGUGGACAACCCCUGAUCCACAUGCAUACACUGCAGACUCAAAGCAUUCUUUGUUGUUGCUUUGCCCCAUUUUAGUGACUUAAGGUUUGGCUCUGAAGGAUCCUGGGGCUGCCCCUUGGUGAUCCGUAGCUAAGAAGAAGGUAUGGGCUACAUCACCACUGACAUGCUGACCUUAAAAAAAUAUCACUGAGCAUCAAAACAUGAGUAACGAUAGUGCAACACAGUAGUUAAUAGAAACAAUAGUUUCUAAUAUGAGGUUAUAAUGUACUCAGAACAAGAAAUUAAAGAAUAACUAAGGAAUUGGUUCAUGCACAGUUUAAGAAUAGUGAUUCAAUUAUCUCUUAACAGGCAGCUAGAAACAAUAUGUCUCUCAAGGUCUGCCCUGCCAGUUUCAAGAUGCAGAUUUCAAGUAAUAUUCCUGUGCCACUGCUUCCUGUACAAUCCUGAUGCAUAAGAUGCUUCAGUCCCUGCUGGUCUGUGAAGCUGACAGGGACUCGCACAGAGGUCCCAUAUUCACCAUACAGUGGUACCUCGGUUUGCGAACAGCUAGUUUACAACCAUUUUGGAUUACGACCAGUUCAAACCCAGAAAUGCGCGUCCCAAUUUGCAAUUUUUUUUUUUGAUUACGACACAUUUUUUUUGGAGGCCCCAUUGGCGAAAUCGUGCCUUGGGUUACGACCUGUUUUGGUUUACAGACGGACCUCCGAAACGGAUUAUGGUUGUGAACCAAGGUACCACUGUAUUGGUAUUAUUGGGAAAGUACUUGCCAGGUCACUUUCUGGCCUUGGCUAUGUCCAGUAGCUGUAAAUGGCUCCAGAUGUGCGUUUUUGUGAAUAAAUUGGCAGUGCCAGGUGACUGUGUGGUCUAAACAUAGCUUUUGCAGCUUCGUUUGUCCUAAGAGAUAAUUUAAGCACCAGAACGGGCAGGGGCCAUCAAGGUUACCUGUAGGAAAGAUAUUUCUAUAUGUACAGAAACGGAUGCAGCGAGCCACAGGAGAUUUGAUUGUCACAUGGAUUUGUGCCCUUGCUAAGUGUUCAGACCAUAGAAUAACAUUUAAAAUCAAGAGCUGUGAGAUUGUUUUCCUGGCUGUGUAAAAUAUUUGUCAGAUACCUCAGAAUGCUCAAAUAAAGGGUAACGAGUUAAUAAAGUACAGUUGUUUGGCUGCCUUCUUUAGCUAGAGCUUAUGUUAAAAGGUAACUUUCUCUUUCUCAUCACCUUAUUUUUUGUCCUAUUUCUCUGUAGAGCAUGCAGCCCAGUAGCCCCAGUGAUGAUAUACACCUGAGUGAGUGGCAGAUGAAUCACUUUGCUUAUACCUCUGACACCUCCACACCAGGACAGAAGGCAGAUGCAUAUCGUGCACAGAUUUUACGCAUUCAGUAUGCAUGGGCAAACUCUGAGAUUUCCCAAGUUUGCGCUGCCAACCUAUUCAAAAAAUAUGCAGACAAAUACUCUGCGAUUCUUGACUCUGACAAUCCAGAGAUUGGCUUGAAUAACUGUGCGGAAAACAUUUUGACACUGGCAAGAAGUCAGCAAAAUGAAAAUGACAAGUGGCAGUCUGCUUUGACGACAGCUAAUGUGAUGGAACUGAAGUGUGUGCAAGAGAUGAUGCAGAAUAGUGAAAUGCUUCGGAGUGACAAGGAAGCCACCGCCUCUGUUGCUUCAGGUCUUCCUAAACUCACUCACUGCAGUGGUGAUGGCAAAUCUGUACAUAGGGAUGGCUCAUCAGACUGUACAAGUCAGGAGCUACAUAUCCUUGGCAGAGCCCCAGCUUCGAAACCUCAUCAGUUUGGUAUGCUUUCCUCAGCCAAGGCCAGAGCUGCACAUUCUUUUUUGCCGGUGCCUAUAAGUGAAGUGUCUGACAUUACCUCUUGUGUGACUCCAUUGUUUAGAGAUGGUGAAUCAGUGUUUAGUAGUUCUCCGACACUCGUGAGUAACUUUGGUUUGAAGCAGAAUUCUUCAUCUUCCACUCAGUCUGCUUUCCCUUCAGAGAUGGGCAACCUGGGGAAAAGGAAAGCAUUUCUUGUGUCAAAUGAAGAAAGUAGCACUACAUCUUCUGGUUUCAUUCUUAAUAAGCCAGUUAAUACAGAAGGGAAGACCUUUGCAUGGAGUGGAAGCAAAAACAACGAGAACAAAGCAUCUGGUUUCAAAACUGCGAAAGAACAGCUCUGGGUGGACCAGCAGAAGAAGCACCAGCACCAAUCAGAGCGUACACCAUUCCCAUCUAGCAGCAGCACAAAAAAGACUUUGGGUCUUUCAAGAUCUCGGGGUGUAUUCGGAAAGUUUGUCCCUCCAACACCAAAACAAGACGGGAAUGAAAACACAGGGACGCAGUGCAAAUCUUACGGGUCUACAGAGGUGACUUGUCCAACGGAUGAACGGCUAAAGAAUAUAGAGCCAAAAAUGAUUGAACUUAUUAUGCAAGAGAUCAUGGAUCAUGGGCCUCCAGUGAAUUGGGAUGACAUUGCUGGGGUCGAAUUCGCAAAAGCAACUAUCAAGGAGAUAAUAGUGUGGCCUAUGUUGAGACCUGACAUUUUCACUGGUUUAAGGAGUCCUCCAAAAGGAAUUCUUCUGUUUGGUCCUCCUGGGACAGGGAAGACGCUCAUUGGCAAAUGUAUUGCAUGUCAGUCUGGGGCUACAUUUUUUAGCAUCAGUGCCUCUUCAUUGACCUCCAAGUGGGUAGGUGAGGGAGAAAAGAUGGUCCGCGCAUUGUUUGCUGUUGCACGAUUCCAGCAGCCAGCAGUAAUCUUCAUUGAUGAAAUUGAUUCUCUCCUGUCCCAGCGCGCAGAUGGGGAACACGAGUCUUCUAGAAGAAUAAAAACUGAAUUCUUGGUCCAGUUAGAUGGAGCAACGACCUCUUCUGAAGACCGCAUAUUAGUUGUGGGAGCAACCAACCGGCCGCAAGAAAUUGAUGAGGCUGCCAGAAGGAGACUGGUGAAGAGAUUGUACAUCCCACUUCCUGACACUUCUGCUAGAAAGCAGAUAGUGACUUGUCUGAUGUCAAAGGAAAAUUGCUCCCUAACGGAGGAGGAAAUUGAUCUCAUUGUUAAAAAAUCAGAUGGGUUUUCUGGAGCUGAUAUGACUCAGCUUUGUAGAGAGGCUUCUCUAGGCCCUAUCCGCAGCCUUCAGUCUAUUGAUAUUACAACCAUUGCACCUGAGCAAGUACGAUCUAUAGUUUUUCAAGAUUUUGACAAUGCUUUAAAAACUGUGCGCCCCAGUGUGUCCUCCAAAGAUCUUGAAUUGUAUGAUACUUGGAAUCAAACAUUUGGAUGUGGAAGAUAA